AUAAUAAAGGGUCCAAACGAUCUGGCGAAUCGUCUAAUACUUCGUCCAGACAGAGAGUUCAUUUUGGCAGCAUUGAGGAGGUUGAAAGGCAGAGUAGAAAGAAAAAUACUGUUACUGAGGAUUCAAUUGGUAUUUCCUUUGAGGACUUGGGCAAAGACAUAAUGAAUUAUGAGUUAUCGGACUCCUCUAAGAAAGCUCGCGAAGAACAUCAGGCGAUACUAGAUGAGUUUGAGCGCAAGAAACGUGCAAGAACCCUUGCAGUUCCUACCGACGAUGGUCGCGUAAGAGCGAAGUUAAGGGAACUCGGCGAACCACAAUGUUUAUUUGGUGAAGGACCAGGUGAUCGUCGAGAUCGUCUUCGAUAUUUGCUAUCAAAGGCGGAAGGUGGAGAUAUGGUACCCGAUGAAGAUGAAGAAACUGAGAGUGAAUCAGAGGAAGAGAAAGAGGAAGAAUUUUUUACUCAAGGAACCCCAGAACUCUUGGAAACGCGUCGUUGGAUAGCAAGAUACUCCUUACCAAGAGCGAGAGAUCGACUUAUUAGACAACGAACCGAAUAUGAAUCGCCGUUGCCGCAGUUGAAAUCCGUGAGAAAAGAUUUGUUUACAGAGUUGAAG